AUGACGAUCAAUUAUAAUUUGGCUGUAUCCACAAGUAAACCAUGGACUCUAUUCAAAUUGUUGCUCAAAUGGAGGGGAUCCAUUUGGAAAAGCGUUAUUGUGGAAUUGGUUGUUUGGUGGUGUCUCUACGCUGUGGUGAGCAUCAUCUACCGAAGCGCUCUCUCCCCUCGACAACAACGUACUUUUGAGAAAGUUGUUCAAUAUUUCGAUACUCGUCUCGAUUACAUUCCUCUGAAUUUCAUGUUGGGCUUCUUUGUGACAGUCGUGGUCAAUCGGUGGACAUAUUUAUAUCAGAUUAUUGGGUUCAUUGAUAAUGUUGGUUUGAUGGUAGCCGAGUAUGUGCGCGGGAGAGCAGAAAUAAGUCGAAUGUAUCGAAGGAAUAUCUUAAGAUAUUGUGAACUGGCACAAGUGUUAGUCUUUCGUGAUAUCAGUAUGAGAACGAGACGUCGUUUCCCUACACUCGACACUGUUGUUGCUGCAGGAUUCAUGUUACCCCAUGAAAAGGAAAAAUUCGAUGAGAUCCAGUAUCGAUACUCGAAAUAUUGGUUGCCUUUUCAAUGGGCACUCGCAUUAACAUAUGAUGCACGAAAGAAAGGAUUAAUUGAGUCUGAUUAUUAUCAAGUUGUAAUCACAAACGAAAUCAAGCAAUUCCGAACGGGUCUUGCAUGGAUUUGCAAUUAUGAUUGGGUGCCGAUUCCUAUCAUGUAUCCACAAUUGGUCUGUCUUGCUGUACACACAUAUUUUCUUGUUUGUGUCCUAGCAAGACAGUAUAUUAUAUCUGAACAUGCUUCUAAUAAAACUGAGGUUGAUCUCUACUUCCCGAUCAUGUCAAGUCUGCAAUUCAUCUUUUACAUGGGAUGGAUGAAGGUGGCUGAGGCAAUGUUGAAUCCAUUUGGUGAAGAUGAUGAUGACUUUGAGACAAACGCGCUCAUUGAUAGAAACAUUACUAUGGGUUUGAUGAUUGUGGAUCAAGGAUACAAUCGACCGCCCGAGAUUCGACGAGAUCCAUUUUGGGAUGAAGAGUUUGAGCCUUUGUAUUCAGAAGAGACGGCAAGAGUGCCUCAGCCGAGUCUCCGUGGAUCAGCUAGUCAAAUAAGAUUGCCUGAACAUGUUCAAGAGAUUCGAAUGGUUUCACUGCUUGAUGAUCCAGCAUCUCCAACUUUACGACGAAGAGUCAGUGUGGUGCCGGUGAAUCGCCACGAAGAUAACAUUCGUGCCAGUCGAAGAUCCUCUGUGUCAGCUGCUGAAGUGCUUGGGUCGAUUAAAAAGAAAAUGGAAAAAUCAUUCAGCCGAACUCGACUAGGAAGUGAAAGUGAUACUUUGCCGCCACCAGGCAAAUCGGUCUCCUCAACCAAUCUCGAUACAAUGGAAAAUCAGAAGAAGAAUGUGCUCACCACACAAAACAGCCUUCCAUCAGCUGUUUAUACUGUAGAAGAAGAUGAAAUCGACAGUCCCGAAAAACCACCAAAGAGAUCACAAUCAGGUGCAAAUCUCACAGCCUCUAAAGCCUUUGCACAUCAUAUCCUUGACAAUGUGAUUGAAGAAGAUGAAGAAGAGAUUAUCAGGAAAAAGAGUGUGAUGCACGCGAGACAUUUGGAUGCUUUGAAGGAGAAAUUCGACAAUGUUCAAAAAGAAACCUCUUCGAUACCCGAAGAAACCGUUGAAACUAUUGAAGAGAAAGUUGAAGAUGAUCGAAAAAUUGAAGAGGAUAAGGGUGGUGGAGAGAUGGGUGAAGAGGGGGAAGAGAUUCGUGAAGAGGGGGAAGAGAUUCGUGAAGAUGGGAAAGAGAUUCAUGAUGGAGGGGAGAACAAAAAAGAGUCAUCUCAACAAUCCCAACCACCAAUCCCAAAAGAACGUGAACGAAGCAGUGAAUUCUAUAUCGGAGCCGCGUCUCGGAGUGAUGACGAGCAU